AAAAAACUUUCGAAGUUCGAACUUCGAAACUACUUGUUGGAUUUUCAACUAAUAAAAUUAUUUACUCUCAUUUUUGGUCGUUCUUGUUUCGAGUAAUUCCAUAUUUAAAUAAAAAGUUAUUAACCCAAAAUGGCUCGAGUACUUGUCGGAGUUAAGAGAGUAAUCGACUAUGCAGUAAAAAUAAGGGUUAAACCAGACAAAAGUGGAGUUGUAACUGAUGGAGUGAAACAUUCAAUGAACCCAUUUGACGAAAUUGCUGUAGAAGAAGCCGUGAGGCUAAAAGAAAAAAAGAUAGCUAAGGAGGUUAUCGCCGUGUCUUGCGGCCCUGCUCAGGCUCAGGAAACAUUGAGAACAGCCUUAGCUAUGGGUGCUGACCGUGCAAUUCAUGUUGAAGUUUCUGGCCCUGAAUAUGAAACAAUGCAGCCACUACAUGUUGCUAAAAUACUAGCUAAACUCUCACAAGAUGAAAAAGUUGAUUUAGUUAUAGUGGGAAAACAGGCAAUUGAUGAUGAUUCAAAUCAAACAGCACAAAUAACUGCUGCUUUAUUAGAUUGGCCCCAGGCUACAUUUGCAUCUAAGGUAGAGAAAACAGAUGCUGGAUUGACAGUAACUCGUGAAAUUGAUGGUGGUCUGGAGGUAAUCAAGACCAAAAUACCAGCUGUAAUUAGUGCUGAUCUCAGAUUAAAUGAGCCAAGAUAUGCAACACUGCCCAAUAUUAUGAAAGCUAAAAAGAAACCUAUGAAAAAAGUGGCAGCAAAAGACCUUGGAAUAGAUUUGGCACCCAGAAUCAAAAUUAUUUCUGUUGAAGAUCCACCUGUAAGGCAAGCUGGAGCUGUUGUGCCAGAUGUCGACACACUUGUCUCGAAACUUAAAGAAGGAGGGCAUAUUUGAAUAAUACACCAUAUUCAGAGUCCAGUUUAUUUCAUGUAAAAACUUAGCUUAAAUAUUUUAUACCUGUUUAUGUAGAUAUAUAAUAUAUUGUUGCACAAAAUGCUGUUAUUAUUCACAUCCAAUUAACUAUGUACAAAUUAAAUGCCAAUAAAAUACUUAAAAAACGGCAGUUGAGACUACAUUC